GGGUGGUAGAAUAGUCUUCCCGUGCCCUCUUUGACAGCUCGGUGCUCGACGUCAGGGGUACGGUGUACCCGUGUUGGUACUUGGCGACGUGUCAUCGACCAUUUAACUGUAUGUUAAUCAGUUUACACGCCAAGUGAACCAUUUGUUCUUGACCAAUAUGGUAUUUGGCACUAGUUCGCCUCCUUUUUUGAGCUAUCAAUGCUAUCUAACCAAAACGCAUUGCUAACGGCAAACUAGCAACUUGCUAGCUGGCUAGCAACAGGGAACCUCCCAGCAUUGUGGUGGCUAGCAAGCGUUAGCUGUCUGUGUGCCACCAGUUUGGUAACUACCUGAACAUUUUCUUUAUAUAUCUUUGCAUUGCCUUGCUCGACAGGGUGAGUGCGGUUAGCCCUGUGUGGGCCCCCUUGUAUUCGCCUGCUGCUUCGUGGUCAGUCUUGUUUUUCUUUACAGGCUAACGACAACAUUCAUUCUAUUGGAGACUUAGCUGUAGGUUAGCUAGCUGUCUCCAUUGUUUACAUGGAUACGAUCAGCUGAAGUGCUCUGUGGGCAUGUGGUCGUAACAAUACUGGAUCAACUACAGAACAGCCACUGUGGAAAUAUGGAAAUGGAGCUGGGAGGUAGCUAACGUUUAUCUACAUCUCCAAAAUGAGGAAGAUCGGGGCUCUAAGGGAGGCCAGCUGUGCCUGCUGGACUGUUUGACUCUGUGUGGGCGGUGGACAAAGGACAGGAGCUUGUUUGUCCAUGUUAAAGCUCAACCCGGUGGGAGACUACAUGAGGAGAAUAGGAAAUAAACUGUGCUGGGACCUGGUCCACACUUCUGGCACUGGGAUGAUGCUAAAGACCCUGCUGAUCACCAGUCUUCUUGGCUGGGUGAAAUGUCAAGAGAGCCAGAUCAUGACACAAGAGGAGAAGACUGUUAUCAGGGACCAGAUUCUUGAAAUGUUUGAUCACGCUUAUGGAAGUUACAUGAAAUAUGCCUAUCCAGCAGAUGAGCUGAUGCCUCUGAGCUGCAGGGGGAGAGUCCGUGGCCAGGAGCCCAACAGAGGGGACAUAGAUGACUCUUUGGGGAAGUUUUCUCUCACACUGAUUGACACCCUUGAUACCCUGGUGGUGCUAAACAAGCUUGAUGAGUUUGAGGAUGCAGUGAGGAAGGCCGUGAGUGAUGUCCGCCUGGACAACGAUGUGGUUGUGUCUGUGUUUGAGACCAACAUCAGAGUUUUAGGAGGGCUUUUGGGAGCCCACGUGAUGGCUGACUUGCUACGGCAGCGUGGGGAGAGGAUGCAGUGGUAUCGUGAUGAGCUCCUACACAUGGCCAAAGAGCUGGGUCAUCGAUUACUGCCUGCCUUUAACACCACAAGUGGCCUUCCUUACCCCAAGGUGAACCUUCGGUAUGGAGUCCUAAACCCACUUUCACGCACAGGCACUGAGUCGGACACCUGCACAGCAUGUGCUGGAACAAUGAUCCUGGAGUUUGCUGCCCUCAGCAGACUGUCAGGAGAGACUGUGUUUGAGGCAAAUGCAAGGAAGGCUCUGGACGUCCUCUGGGAGAGGAGACAGAGGGGAAGUGACUUGGUGGGGACUGUCAUCAAUAUCCAUAAUGAAGAAUGGGUCAGGAGGGACAGUGGAGUUGGUGCUGGUAUCGACUCAUACUAUGAGUAUCUGAUGAAGGCCUAUAUUCUACUAGGAGACAAUGUGUUUCUGGAUAGGUUCAACAUUCACUACAGUGCCAUUAUGAAGUACAUCAGUCAACCUCCCCUGCUGCUUAAUGUGCACAUGCACAACCCCACUGUGAGCGUGCGCAGCUGGAUGGACUCUCUCCUGGCGUUCUUUCCUGGCUUACAGGUUUUGAGAGGAGAUCUGAAACCAGCUAUUGAGACUCAUGAAAUGCUUUAUCAAGUCACCAAACAGCACAAGUUUCUUCCAGAGGCUUUUACCACAGAGUUUCGAGUUCACUGGGGCCAACACCUCCUGAGACCAGAGUUUGCAGAAAGCACCUACUACCUCUAUAAGGCCACUGGCGACCCCUACUACCUCAGAGUGGGACAGUCCAUUGUGGAAAAGCUCAAUGCCUACGCCAGGGUGCCUUGCGGUUUUGCUGCGGUGCAAGAUGUCCGCACGGGGACGCAUGAGGACAGGAUGGACUCCUUCUUUCUGGCUGAGAUGUUUAAAUACCUGUACCUGCUGUUUUCUGAGAAGAGUGAGCUUCCCAUCGAUAUUGACGACUACAUCUUCACCACGGAGGCUCAUCUUCUCCCUGUGUCUCUCUCCACUACCAAGCCACCUUGUCAAGGCAACAAUACGGAGACUGUUCCUGUCUCACAAGAAGAAGACCUGUUCACACACUCCUGCCCCAGCAUGGAGACCUUGUUCCCCAACAACCCUUCAUUCGCCAAAACCAUCCGGGACGGCUACAAGUACCUCACUGGGGUGGGACGAGCCUUCCACCCCUUACCUGUCAGGGAAAUUGAACUGCCACUUCAUGAUAACGGCAUGGAGCCAGUAGAGUUCCUGAAAAGCAUGGGCAUAUCUCUCACUCCGCUGAGCGAAGUCAUGGCGGGAGGCAGAAGUCAGAGGGAGCAUAAAGGAGUGUACCGGGUUAAACUUGUGGCAGAGGUAAACCAGACGCCCGAGGAGGAGGAGGUGGUGCCUCAUGUCGUUCAACUCAUCUCCCCCCCAUUUUUGGGCAGGACAGUCUUCACAGCAGGACCUGCCAAGUUUGGGAUGGACCUCACCAAGCAAGAGCACGGGGUGAAGGGCAGCAUAGUGAAAGCGUCUCCCUACACCGCAUGUGGGCUGAUAGAUAAUGCAGCACAGCUUAAAGGCCACAUCGCUCUGGCGCUGCGCGGUGACUGCAUGUUCGCUGCAAAGGCUCGUCGUCUGCAGGAGGCAGGAGCCAUAGGAGUCAUCUUUAUAGACCACCGUGAGGGAAGCAGUAGCGAGGAGACUCCCCUCUUCCAGAUGGUUGGAGAUGGGGACUCCACUGAUGACCUCAGCCUGCCUUUGGUCUUCCUGUUCAGCCGCGAGGGUGCCAUGCUCACAGCUGCUCUGGAGGAACAUCACAAUGUGGAUGUGCUGCUGCUGCCAAAGGAGAGGCAGCUGGGACAUGCCAAGACUGAAAGACCGGUCGGCAUGAACAUCAAACUCCGCCUGGCAGAGGAGGGUGAGCUGGAGGACGGAGCAGCCGGAGGGCCCACCUUGGAGUUUGUCUUGGAGAAAGAAGAGGUGCUUCUUAAGGAAGAGGAGGAGGAGUCGCAGCAGCCGUUCUGCACAAAGGCGGCAGAGAAUGACAGAACUGAACCGUGCUCAGCAGGUUCAUCUCAUACCACAAAUUCUGACAGCAGACCAGACACAAACCCUUGAUCACUGCUGGUCCCAAAGCUGUUAGUUUCCUAACACUGAUCCCUCGUCAGUUUCUGAAUGGCAUGUGCCUCAGAGCCCCUCACUGCCCCACACGGAGCCCUGACUGACCCAGACCGCAUGUUUACAACCAAUGAAGAAGAGUCGAGCCUCGUCCUGUCUUGACUUUGAAACCUAAAGAUGGUUAUGUAUUUAUCAGACAGAGAGUCAGAGUGGAGAUGUUAUUAAGUGUGGUGCAGGUCUCUCUGAAGUGAGGGAUCAUGAGACUAAACUAGAUAGUUCUAAGCCUGAAGCUGUAGUUUAAGAUGGCUGGGCUGGUGCUCCCCACACCUAGCCUGUAGUGUUGCUAUUGUAGGCACAUAAAAGGGGCCUGUGUAAUGAUAAUGACAUAGAUCAUUAACUAUAGAAUUUAAAAUGGCCUCAACGUAGAGGACAACAUGGCGAAAAUGUACCCACCUAGGUUUUUAUGCAAUGCAGUUUGUUUUAAAUGUAGAUUGCACCUUUUCACUUCAACAGCUACUGUUAAAAUAUUCAGAAACGGUGGAUUGGAAUAUUACCUGGCCAGUAGGUGGAGUUAGUAAGCUACCAUAACUCCCCUGUCCUCAGUAAUCUAAUGUUCACAGAUGAAGGAGGUGAACGGGGGCCAAUUUGGAGUUUAUUUUUAUUUUGUACUAGUAAGCAACUUCAGGGAAUUUUAAGAGUGAAUGCACUUUGCUGGGUUGACCCAUUUGGUGAGAUGUUUGUGUGUGUGUGAGGAUGUGUCCUGCAUUUUCUUUGUGCUAAAAUGUGUGUGUGUGUGUGUGUGUGUGUGUGUGUGUGUGUGUGUGUGUGUGUGUGUGUGUGUGUGUGUGUGUGUGUGUGUGUGUGUGUGUGUGUGUAAUAAUGUACGCUCAAGAAAAUCUCUCAGCUAAAACAUCAUUGCUGUUGGAUGAAACCCGAUUAAAAAAAAUCUUGAUGAUGAUGUUUCGAAAAAGGUUUGGAUUUUUUUAGGCUACUUUUUUCCUUUUUAAUCGUGUCAUCUUAAAAACAUUACAAAAAUAACCAAAGCAGGAUUUUUUUUUUUGCAACUGAAUUCUUCAUGUUACUCUGCUUAGGUCCAGAUGCAGCAUCACAGGUUGGUCUGCAGUCCCAGACUGCUAUGCACUUUGAAACACGGGUAUGAUCGUCUGUGGAAACAGAAAUGACCGUUCAGCUUGUCCUCGCAUUUGCUCCUUUGUGUGUGUUGCAAUAAGUAAUUUUAGUCACAGUUAUUUAUUUCCCCAAUGAUGCAGUGUUUCAUGUCCGUCUUAAAAUGUAUGGAACACUUGAUAUCCGUUAAGAUUGCUGGAGUGCACAAAGGUUUUUUGCCUUAACAGUCAAACUGGAAAGGCCAGUUGAAUCCUGGUGCGUUGUCUACAUAUGGUUGUAUUCAAUGAAAAUUGGAUGCAGUUUGAAUCCAGCGUUGUUGUCUCUCUUGUCAAAACUCAAAUGUACCUGCUGUGAAGUCUUUCACACUCUACUACACAAGCUAAACUAUAUUCUGGGCAUUUAUGUGUUUGAACAUUAUGCAGCGAUUCAAAGAAAGAUGCAUAACUGUUUUAAUCAGUUUAUUCACUUCUCACUAAUAAUUUGUUGCAUGAUUUUUAUCUUUUGUGGUACAUAAAAAUGUGAGCUUAUGUUUGUGUAGGGGGGGAAAAAACGCUCUUUGUGCCAGAGGAGUAUGUUUUCUUUUACGUCUGUACAGUGGACCUUUUUCCUGAUGCUGCUGAGUUAAAUUUGAAGUCUUAAUACUCCAACCUGACAUUUUAUUGUUUUUGUUAAGCCUACAUGAGGCUUUGCCAGCCGGUAUACCUCAGGACUGUGGACUGUGUUCUCUGUUCACACAGAGAAGAGGACCAUGGACAAGAAGUAGGGGAUACAUUUCAUUAUUUGUCAUGCUAUUUCAUUCAGUUUGUUCAAAGUGCCAAAAGUGAUGCACGACAUGGCUCCUGUCUCUGUUUCACAUCUUCUCUGUAUUUAGUUUCCGACUAUGAGCUGAGGCACUUCCGUCAAUAAAUUUCAAGUCACAACUGCA